GGCCCCGCCGCCAUGUUGGCCGCGAGGGGAAGCGGCGGCCCGGACCCCGCUAAAAUGGAGGCGCGGAGCCCUCAUGGGGUGUAGGGGCUCCUUCCCCUCCCCGAGCCCCGGCCCGGAGCUCAUGGAGCGGCUUUAGGGGUCCCUCCUCAGUGCCAGGAUGAGCUCCCAGAAUUCCACCCCAAAUCCUGGAGCCGGGAAUUCCUGCGGGAUCACCCUGGGACAAGCCCAGCAGGUGAUUCCCAAAAUUCCCCUGCUGAGGAUCCUGCAGGCCGCGGGCGCCCAGGGAGAAACCUUCACCCUCAAGGAGGUGAUGCAUUUCCUGGGCCAGUACAUCAUGGGCCGGCAGCUCUAUGACCAGAGGCAGCAGCACCUGGUGCACUGCGGGGGAGACGCGCUGGGGGAGCUGCUGGGGCUGCACAGCUUCUCCCUCAGGGACCCCAGCCCUGUGUAUGAGAUGCUGAAGCGGAACCUGAGCCCCGCUGCCCUCCCAGGUGCUGCACAGCCUCUCCCAAAGGAGCCCCGCGCCGGCCCAGAGCAGCCGCAGCUCGGCCAGGAGGAAGGAGCUGACCCUGAAAUCCUGGAGGGUGACACCAAAACCUCUGCUCAGGCCACCUCAGAGCCCAAAUGUGACACUUGUCAAGACCAAGAUUUGAUAGAAAACCUCUCCAAAAACAAAAAGCCCAAACUGGAUCUGCUUUUUGAGGAAUGGGACGUGGCCGGGCUGCCCUGGUGGUUUUUAGGGAAUCUCAGGAGCAAUUACAAAUCCAGGAGUAACGGAUCCACGGAUAUCCAAACCAACCAGGACAUCGACACUGCCAUCGUUUCCGACACCACCGAUGACCUUUGGUUCCUCAACGAGUGUCCCCUGGAGCAGGGCAGUGCUGGCCUCAAGGUGGAGGUGCUGGACUGCGAGGAGGUGACAGAAGGUGACACCAAGGUGCCUGAGGAUGUGUGUUCGGAUGAGCUGGAGGAUUCCCAGUGCCUGAGUGACGACACGGACACAGAGGCUGCUCCAGAGGAUUGCUGGCAAUGCUCCAAAUGCAGGAAAUUCAACUCUCCUGGGAAAAGGUACUGCUACCGCUGCUGGGCCCUGCGCAAGGACUGGUACCGGGACUGCCCCAAACUGCCCCAUUCCCUGUCCCUCUCCAACAUCAAUUCCAUGGAAAAGCAGGAGCAGGAGGAAGGGAUGGACGUCCCCGACUGCAGGAGGACAAUUUCAGCCCCUCCCGGCCAACCCAAACACCUUUUCCUGGGGGAAAACAAACCCCACGUAGAUCCCAGCAGCUCCAUUGAAUCCUUGGAUUUGGCGCGGGAUGGGAAAAAACGGGAAUUCUCAGAGCUGAAAAAAGAGGAGGAGAUGGAAUCCUUGGAGAGCAUCAAAACCUUGCUGAAUCCCUGCUUCCUGUGCCAGCACAGGCCUCGGGAUGGGAAUAUUGUCCAUGGAAGGACGGCUCACCUGGUGGCCUGCUUCAGGUGCGCCAGGAUGCUGAAGAAGAAGAGGUCGCCGUGCCCCGUGUGCAGGAAGGAGAUCAAGAUGGUCAUCAGGAUCUUCAUGGGGUAGGGAGGCUCUCUGCCCCUAAAGCAGCCCCGAAAAUAAGAUUUUUUUGCACUCAAACCCCUCCACUACAGUUACGUGCAGGAAGGAGAUCAAGCAAAAUAACCCCAAAAAGAGGAUUUUUGCACCCAAAUCCCGGUUUCAGUGUGUGCAGGAAGGAGAUCAGGAUGAUCAUCGGGAUCUCCUUCUUGACCCUAUAAUAACCCAUAAAAGAGAAUUUUUGCACCCAAAUCCCGGUUUCAGUGUGUGCAGGAAGAUCGAGAAGGUCAUCAAGAUCUCCUUCUGACCCUAAAAUAACCCCAAAUUAGGAUUUUUGCACCCAAAUCUCCAUUUCAGUGUGUGCAGGAAGGAGAUCAAGAUGGUCAUCAGGAUCUUCAUGGGGUAGGGAGGCUCUCUGCCCCUAAAGCAGCCCCAAAAAGAAGAUUUUUUUGCACUCAGAUCCCUCCACUACAGUACAUGCAGGAAGGAGAUCAAGAGAGUCGUGAGAAUCUUCCCAUAAUAACCCCAAAAAGAGAAUUUUUGCACCCAAAUCCCGGUUUCAGUGUGUGCAGGAAGGAGAUCAGGAUGGUCAUCAGGAUCUCCUUCUUGACCCUAAAAUAAUCCCAAAAAGAGAAUUUUUGCACUCAAAUCCUGGUUUCAGUGUGUGCAGGAAGGAGAUCAAGAGUCAUCAGGAUUGUUAUGGGGUAGCAGGAUCUUCUGACCUUAAAAAAAAGACCCAAAAUGAGGAUUUUUCCACCCAAAUCCUGAUUUCAGUGUGUGCAGGAAGAUCGAGAUCAUCAGGAUCUCCUUCUGACCCCAAAAUAACCCCAAAAAGAGGAUUUUUUCAUUCAAAUCCCAGUUUCAGUGUGUGCAGGAUGGAGAUCAGGAUGGUCAUCAGGACCUUCAUGACACAGCACAAUCUUCUAUCACAAAAAUAACCCCUAAAAAGAGGAUUUUGCACAAAAAUCCCAAUUGCAGAGCUUGUUCUGCAGGAUCGAGAUGGUCAUCAGGAUCUUUAUGGGGUAGCAGGGCUCUUUGCUCCUAAAAUAAUCCCAAAAUGAGGAUUUUUCCACUCAAAUCUCCAUUUCAGUGUGUGCAGGAAGAUCGAGAAGAUCAUCAGGAUCUCCUUCUGACCCUAAAAUAACCCCAAAAAGAGGAUUUUUGCACCCAAAUCCCGAUUUCAGUGUGCGUAGGAAGGAGAUCAGGAUGGUCAUCAGGAUCUUCAUGGGGUAGCAAGAUCUUCUGACCUUAAAAAAAAGACCCAAAAAGAGGAUUUUUGCACUCAAAUCCCGAUUUUGGUGUGUGCAGGAAGGAGAUCACGGUCAUCAGGAUCUUCUGGCCCUAAAAUAACCCCAAAAAGAGAAUUUUUGCACUCAAAUCCUGGUUUCAGUGUGUGCCGGGAGGAGAUCCAGAUGAUCACUGAGAUCUUUAUGGGAUAGCAGCACCCUCUGCCCCUAAAAUAACCCCAAAUUAGGAUUUUUGCACUCAAACCCCAAUUCCAGAGCUGAGCCAGCGAAACCAAAGAAAACCAAGAUUUGAAUCCCACCAAGAAUCCUCUGCAGGAUCCACUUUGAUCACCUCGAGAUCAAAAUCCCAGCUUGGAAAUUUUCCCAUUUUCCCAACUUUAGCCGGAUUUUUAUCUUUUGGGCUUUGUUUUCCUGACCAAGGACAGAACAGAUUCGGGUCAAGUUGUGACUUUUGGAAUGAUUUUUUCCAUAAAUCCUGACUUGUGCAAUUCCUUUGGAGCUAAGGGAUAAAAGUACAAAUAAAUAUUUAUGGUUGGGAGGGCAGGGGAUUUGUUUUGGAGAGAAGAAAAAGAACUUUA